CUGUCUGAAAUUGUCAAGAAAUAAAAUCGGAACUCGGAAGCGCGACACCAUCCAAAACUUGCAAAUAAGAAUCGCAUGUUAUGCUGGUUAGUAUGAAGGUGAAUUUGAAGGGCAAAAUCCCAAAUGGAAUGAGAAAAAAUUUCUAUAAUUAGAGUCUCACUCUCAUACUCGUUGUAUGUAUGGCUACGCUCUCUCUCACUCUCAACUGUUGGAGUACCGUGGAACUUGCUCACACCAGAUUUUCUUCUACCUUCACCUCCCUCGGUCGCAGGAGUAGAUAUAGCAUAUGUUCUUUUGCCAAGAAGUCAUUGAAGAAAUCCAGAAGAGAUGUAACAGAGGCAGCUGGAGAUCUCUUAGAUGAUAAGUUUGUUCAGAAUGACAACUUGGACACUUCUCUUAAUCCAGCUGCCCCGAAUUCUAACCCUUUACCUUCCAGGAGUGCUGUGCUUCAAGCUUGCAUAAUAACUUGUGGUCUCAUAGCUGCUUUGGGAAUAGUGAUUCGGCAGGUGUCUCAUGUUGCGUCAGUGGAAGGAUUGCCAGUCUUUGACUGCUCUACAGAAGUAUCAUUUGGCUUUGAAAUGUGGCAUCUUGAGUUGAUUACAGGACUUGUAGUAUUAAUAUCAUCAUGUCGCUAUUUGCUAUUGAAGACGUGGCCAGAUUUUGCCAAGUCUAGCGAAGCAGCCAAUCAACAGGUCCUUAGCUCACUUCAGCCUUUGGAUUAUAUUGUUGUUGCAUUUUUGCCUGGUAUUAGUGAGGAACUACUUUUCCGAGGAGCGAUUCUUCCACUUUUGGGAAUGAACUGGAAUAGUAUUGGGAUUGCUGCCUUGAUUUUUGGUGUUUUACACCUAGGCAACGGUCGAAAGUAUUCCUUUGCCAUCUGGGCAACCUUUGUUGGUCUUGCUUAUGGAUAUGCUACAAUUUUAUCCUCUAGUGUUGCGGUUCCCAUGGCUUCUCAUGCAGUGAACAACCUGAUUGGAGGGCUUUUAUGGCGGUACACAUCAAAUACACCAAACCAGAAACUAAAUGAGUGAUUUCCAUCUUCAUGGAUAAGUCACCACAUCUCUAUACAUCUAACCCUCCCUGCCCCGAGUUUAAUGUUGUAUAAGAAUUGUGAUACAGAAGUCAUAGAGUUAGAGACCAAUCCAAGAAGUAUGUUUGCAAAUGCAGCAACUAAUGGCAGCACUGCUCUCUCCUCCAUUGUUUAAGGAAAAAAAAUCAAGUUUGUAUAUUACACAUUAUAUAUAGAUUUCUCUUGUAGUUCUCUGAAAAUUGAAAAAAACGUGCUAUGUAAUUUAUUUACCGUAAAUAGAUAACUGUAAUUUAUAACGUGGACGGCGUAUCUUGGUUUGCUUGUUACCAAUUUGGUUU